UACUUUAGUAAUGAAUACGUGUAGGUUUGUUUACAAAUUCAAAGUUAGAACGUGAGUUUACGUUGUUAUUGACGUAGCGCGAAUAUAACUGACUGCAGAAUGUAAAAAAAGUCGUUUAGUGGUUGAAAAAUAACAAUAAGAUGAUGACGUUACGGUAUAGGGUUAGGCGCUUGCACCGUAACCAGAGAAUAUUGGGUUCGAUACUCAACCCUGGUAACAUUGCAUACGUGUGUUCUUGGGCAAGACACUAAACGACAAUUGCUCCAACCCAGUGGUCACUAAUAGGUUGUCUAAAUUGUCAGCCAUACAUAAAAAAAUCACCCGCAAAGUUUAAGUGGGCACAAGGUUUAUAUGUAGUUGCUGCCCUGUGUUAAGAACAAGUUACUUUCAUACAUUUAUCGAACAGGCAACAACAUUAUAGUUGGUUAAACAUGGAUCAGGUAUCCCCCCACGUCGACAUAGAUGAUGAAAGUAUCCUCACCUCAAUAUUUAAGAACGAUUUCAAUGAUGAAGAAAUUAUCAACCCUGAGUUUUUCAAAUAUUUGUCAACUUUAUGUACGUUCGAUGUUGGCAGGUUGGCCCACGAACCCGUGAGGUUGGAUGCGGAGAAACAAGGUGUGUUGGAAAGCACGCAGAACCUUGCGUUUCAUAACUACAAGACUUUCAUACGAACCGCUAAAUGUUCCAAAGAUAUUUACGAUGAUUUCAGUUUAGUCGAGACUCGAUUACAAGGUCUUAUUGAGAAGAUGCCGCAGUUCGCUGAUCGGGGGGGACAGUUUAUAAAGGAAGCAACCGACAUUGUUUCUGUGCGGCAAGCUAACUCGCUCACAUUAACGCGACACACUGGGUUGUUGGAGAUAUUAGAAAUACCACAACUCAUGGACACUUGUGUAAGAAACCAAUAUUAUGAAGAUGCAUUGGAAUUAAUGUUCUUCGUGAAAAGAUUCGGGAAGAAAUUGUUCGUGAGUGAUAUCCCAGCUUUGAACACGGUGAUUGGUGACGUGCAACGAACCACACAACUCAUGUUGGAGCAAUUAUUGAACCAACUCCAUUCAACUUUAUCUCUGCCCGCUUGUCUCAAAACUGUCGGCUUCAUUCGAAGGUUGGAUUGCUUCAGUGAAGUUGAACUGAGGGUGAAGUUUCUCCAAGCGAGGAAUUCAUGGUUGGAUGGUUUGUUGGCUGCAGUGCCAUCUGGUGGUGGGGAGUUGGAGGCGUUCGAACGAAUAACGAAAAUCAUUGAAGUGUGUCGAGUUCAUCUGUUCGAUAUCGUGACACAGUAUCGAGCGAUAUUCACCGACGAUAUGGACGUUUAUCUUUUCAAUAAAACUGAAGAUGCAUCGAGUGCGAAUAUAUUUUACUGCUGGAUGAAUUACAGGGUCAACUGUUUCCUUAAAUCUUUGGAUGAAAGUUUAGAGAUCGGCGUUGGGACCAGACUUGAUUCACUACUGGGACAAUGUAUGUACUUUGGGCAAUCUUUUAGCAGAGUUGGCGCUGACUUUCGAAACUUACUGAUUAAAAAGUUUCACAAAGUUUAUUUAAAGAUCUUCACGGAAGGCAUCGAGGUUUCCACCCAACAUUUUCACACCAACAUGAUGUCGUAUUCAUUCACAGCAACUACAAGGUUUGAUAAAACAAUUGAACGAGCGACAAGCGUCGAUAAAAGUGAAGCACCCCCAGUACAGUUGCUGGAGUAUCCACCAUUAGCUGAAUAUGUGAACAAUGUGUUAGGUUUGUUUAAUAACUUCCGCGUUGGAUGUCCAGUGUUCAUGUUGGUUGACAUACCGAUGUUACUGGACGCUUCGUUGGUCAAAGUGGCGGAAUCCAUUGCAAUGUUUUAUAAAACUGAGGAAUCUGGUUUUAGUGAGCGGGAACUUUCGUGCUUUGUUUUAUUUUGUGAUGUUUUCAAAGACACAGUGAUUCCACAUCUAAACUCGUGUCUCGUUAAUUUGUUUCCAAAUAAUUCAAUGAUGGAAUUGCUUGGUUCCACCUCUGUUUCACUCCGAUCCUGUGGUGACGCCACCGUUAUCGGGAAUAUAUUGCCAAAGUUCCCCGAACCCAAUGUUGAAGAAACUGUGGCAGAGACACCCGACCCCCCCGUUGUUGUUGACGGUCAAACAUAACGCGCGCCUAUUUUAUUUGUAAGAUGGUUUGUAAAUACACAUUAAUAUUAUUUCUAUAAAGAGUUUAAUAAACAUAUUUAGCGAGGAUUUUGUUGAUCAAUACGGGUAUGAUUGGAU